CAAUCAAUAAUCACUCUCUCAGAUCUAAAAUAAUUAUUUGUCAACCCAACUUCUCUCUCUCCCUAUAUACACACCCACAAAAUAACACAGAAUUGGCAACAUUUAGAUCUUAUUCACUACCACCACGAAACCAACCACCAUGGCUAUGUCAGCAGCUUCCCCGCACUCUCUCCUCCUCAAAAAACCCAACCACAGAACCACCGCAACAACCCAAUUCACAGGCUUUCCAAUCAACCCAUCACGCGCUGCCACCACCACCUACAAACCCAUAUCAAUCACUUGUUCAACCACCACCCCACUCCAAGAUCGCCCCGCCGCCACCUCCCAAUCCUCAGAUCGCGUCUUUAAUUUCGCCGCCGGCCCCGCCACCCUCCCCGAAAUUGUCCUCAAGAAAGCUGAAUCUGAGCUCUACAACUGGCGUGGCUCGGGUAUGUCCGUCAUGGAGAUGAGCCACAGAGGCAAGGAAUUUCUCUCUAUAAUUCAGAAAGCGGAGUCAGAUCUGCGUGCCCUCCUUGAUAUUCCGUCGGAAUACGCCGUGCUCUUCCUCCAAGGUGGUGCCACCACCCAAUUCGCCUCUGUCCCGUUGAAUCUUUGCAACCCCGAUGAUCCGGUUGAUUAUAUUGUCACCGGGUCUUGGGGCGAUAAGGCUUUCAAGGAAGCGACCAAAUUCUGCAAACCCACUGUGAUUUGGUCAGGUAAAUCGGAGAAAUAUACAAAGAUUCCUGAUUUCGAUGCCUUGGAACAAAACCCGUCUGCCAAGUAUUUGCAUAUAUGCACAAAUGAGACCAUUCACGGGGUUGAAUUCAAGAACUAUCCAACCCCCAAGAACAAAGAUGCGAUUUUGAUUGCUGAUAUGUCGUCGAAUUUUUGUUCAAAGCCAGUGGAAGUGAGCAAAUUUGGGGUGAUCUAUGCGGGUGCGCAGAAAAAUGUUGGUCCUUCUGGGGUGACUAUUGUUAUUAUCAGGAAAGAUUUGAUUAGAAAUGCACAGCCAACCACUCCUGUGAUGUUGGACUACAAGAUUCACGCUGAGAACAAUUCAUUAUACAAUACGCCUCCUUGUUAUGGUAUUUAUAUGUGUGGGUUGGUGUUUGAAGAUCUGUUGGCACAAGGUGGUUUGGUUGAGAUUGAGAAGAAGAACAUCAAGAAGGGUCAGCUUCUUUAUGAUACAAUUGAUCAGAGCAAUGGGUUCUAUAGGUGCCCCGUUGAGAAAUCUGUGAGGUCAUUGAUGAAUGUUCCGUUUACAUUGGAGAAGUCUGAAUUGGAGGCUGAGUUUAUUAAGGAGGCGGCGAAGGAGAAUAUGGUGCAGCUCAAGGGACAUAGGUCGGUUGGAGGGAUGAGAGCUUCGAUAUAUAAUGCUAUGUCAUUGGCUGGAGUUGAGAAGUUGGUUGCUUUCAUGAAGGAUUUCCAGGCAAGGCAUGGUUGAUGUUGGAGUAGCGUAGAGAUUAGCAAAACAUGUGUUUUGCUCUGAUUUGUUUUAUUGUUCUUUUAAUGUUUUGUUUGUUGUUUUUUGUUGUGGGGGUCAGCAUUGUUGAAUGCUUUUUUAUGAGUAUUAUGUGGCAAUUGUACUACGAUUUCAGGAGAGAAAUUUAUGUCCUUUGAUGCUUUUAGUUUCUUACGGAGUAGAU